AGGCAAGGCCCGCCCGGGUGCACCAGCCCCGUCCCCUGGCGGGGGUGGGGCCCUCGCGCAGCUGUGGACACAGCUGCUCUGAGCCGCUUGUCAGUGGGGCCUGUGUUCCGGGAGUGGGGGUGGGGGGUGCCCAGCCUCUUCUUGCUCCCUCCGCUGGGUGCCCUGGGCUGGACAUGGCCCCAAAGAAGGUCCGGCCCUUCCCCUCCAGGGUCUGCCCACGUGCCUGGGGCAGACGGCAGGGGCCGCCCUGGAGGGAGGGCACAAGCUGAGGCCAGGGGUGUGGCUGGCAGGCGGUGUCACUGGGGUCCAGCCUCGGCCAGUCUGGCCACCACAACAGCACCAGGCAGCAAGCAGCCCCCCAGCAGCUCCGGUCCCCUGGCAACCCUGUUCUGCCAUGCUGCUCCCAGCCUUCUCCCUCCUGCUGCUGGGGGCUCCCCUGGCGCUGGCUGGCACGAGCUGCCUGGGACACCUGGACGAGAACGACACCUGGCACCCGGGGUUUGGCUGCCAGCCCUUCAGCUUCUGCUGCGGGACCUGCCACCGCCGGUUCUGCUGCAGGGACCCGAGCUUGGCCAUUUCCGAGUCUCAGCAGAAGCAGUGCCUGCGCCUCAGUCACAAGGUGGUGGCAGGCGUUGCCUCGGCCCUGAUCCUGUUUGUGGCCGGGGUGGCCACCAGCCUCUGCUGCUUCCUCUGCACCUGCCGCUACCUGUCCCGCCGCCGCCAGCGGCUGCAGAGCCCCUUUGCAGGCCAGGAGAUCCCGCUGAGAGGCUAUCUGCUGCAGCCUGUGUGCCUGCACCCCUCAGGCCCCCUGCCCCCGCCGCCCAGCUCCGUGGGUCCUCCCCGGCCUCCUCUCUAGCCUGCAGCUCUUCCCUCUCAAGUGCCGCCACAGUCCACCUUCCCGGGAGCCUGAGGGGCCCGGGCUCUCUGCGGUCCCUCUGCAGAUGCCCCUCCUGUCCCUGCGUCUGGACCUGCCGGUGGGCAGGGAUCCUCCACUGGUCAGGUCCGGGACCAAGCCACGCCCUGGUCCUGCAGGGGACAGACCCCCGGGAAGUUGGGGUGGAGACUGAAGGCAAGGGCGGGGCCUGGGUGCUGUACUGUUUUUAUUGGGGGCCAGGGAAGGACGUGCCAGCGUGGGUCACGGGUCCCUGGAUUCCUGCAGUCCCUCGAACCCCGGGCCUCCCUGUUUGCCCCUGUGGGCUGGGGCGCGACCCGCCGGGCUGCUGGAAUAAAGCGGGAGCGCACGUGGCCCGGCGUCCUCCCCGUCCAGAGACGCGUCCUGCGCCGGGACCCGGGCUGCGAGGGGCCGGGCGGCGCAGCACCACCAAGCCCUCCUCGGGCGGAGCCACCAGAUGAGCUCUGCGGAGCGAGGAAGGCGCGCCCGCGUGGGUGACAGAGCUUUCCCACCGUGCCGCGCCCCUGCGCCCGGCCAGCCCCACCAGGUGCACAGGCGUCCCUUCUCUCCGGGCUCCCGAAGGUCCUCGCUCGGCCCGCGAAGGCGCCCGAGCCUCGGCUCAUCGGCGGGGACUGUCACGGGGCUGAAGCUGCCCCUCCCAGCUGAUCAGAGGGCGCAGGACCAGGAGCCGAGCGGGGAGACGGGCGCACGGUGCUUGCCGGCUCCCCCGGGCCCACGCCGGUUCCCUCGCCCCCGGAGCUGCCCAAGCCUCGGCCCGAACCCGCCCGCCCCUGACGCCCUAGACCGCGGGGAGGCUCUGGCCGCAGCCUGCGGUGGGGGCUCCGGAAAAGCAGGUGGCGGGGGGAGCAGCAGGGACCCUCGGGUUCUGGGGUCUCCCGGGGUGUCCGCAGGGCCCUAUGGGAGUGCCGGGCGCAGUGAUGGAGAUUCCACAUCAGACCCACGCACUGUGCCCUUGGGCACGAGGGGAUGGGGCGGGGCGCGGAGGGCGUGCUCGUCGGCAGGAGAACCCACGGUCUCCGCCGCCAAAGGCUGGCGCGGAGCAGGACGACCCGUUCCGGUGCCGGCACCUGGGUGUUCCCGCGGGGGGCCCCGCGGGCGGGCGGGCGCCGGGAGGUGACGUCGCACGGGCGGGGCGCUGCGCGAGGGCCCGCCUCUAGGUGGCGCUGCGCUCCCCAGCUUCGGCCGCUGCGCGGGUGCGAGUGACGUCACAGGGGCCGGGACGCUGCACGAGACCCGCCACCAGGCGGCGCUGCGCUCCCGCGCCCAGAGGCGACGUCCCACGGGCUGGGCCGGGCCGCGCCCAGAGGCCGGAGGAAGAGCCCGCAGGCUGCCCUGGGCCUGGUGGACCGAGAGGUCCUUAGUGCGGCCAAGCCUCGUGUCUGGUUUGGCGGGAGGCUGCGCACGCCGGCCGGGACGGAGGGAGCCUCAGACCUGGAGGGCGGAGCUGCCGUGGGGCCCGGCCCGCGUGUGCAGGGCCGGUGCGGGCGCUCGCUUCUCAGCGGGCGCGGUUCACGCUCUCGGGCCGAACCUUCUCUGCAAAGCUCCCUGCGGAGCCGGGGUGCUGCCGGCGCCUGCGUCGGAACGCAGCA